UGAUUUUUCAAAAAGCCCUCUUUUCCUCAACUGAACCCCGCGUUUUCUUCUCCCUACUCAUACCUCUUCCUCCUAUCAAUUUCCCGCCGGACCUCCAUCUCCUCUCCACCACCGUUCGCCAUCCAGAAAGGCCGAACUCUUCUGUUACGCCACCCAGAACCACCUUCCAGUCGUCUUAUUCUUCUUUUUUUUUUUGUCUGUCAAGCCUUCCAGCAUCACAGAGUAUGGGGAACUGUAAUGCCUGUGUGAGAGCAGACUCCAGCCCGGACUCCAAGGCGAACCAUACAAAUCACAGACGCAAGAAGAAGUCCAAAGAUAGGAAGCCCAAUCCUUAUGCGGAGGAUUCUGUCCGAUCCCCGGCUCCGAUCCGGGUACUGAAAGACGUGAUUCCACUCAGCCACCGGCCUCGGAUCGGUGACAAGUACAUCCUGGGCAGAGAACUCGGUCGGGGAGAAUUCGGCAUCACGUAUUUGUGUACUGACCGAGAGACUAAAGAUGCGUUGGCAUGUAAGUCGAUCUCCAAGCGAAAACUACGGACAGCGGUGGACAUAGAGGACGUGAGAAGGGAAGUGGCGAUCAUGUCCCGUUUACCGGAGCACCCGAAUAUAGUGAAGCUGAAGGCAACUUAUGAGGACCACGAGAACGUGCAUUUAGUGAUGGAAUUGUGCGAGGGAGGUGAGCUGUUCGACAGGAUAGUGGCAAGAGGCCAUUACAGUGAGAGAGCGGCGGCGAAUGUUGCCAGGACGAUAGCUGAGGUGGUCAGGAUGUGUCAUGAGAAUGGAGUUAUGCAUAGAGACUUGAAACCUGAGAAUUUUCUGUUUGCUAGUAAGAAGGAGAAUUCCGUGCUUAAGGCUAUUGAUUUUGGACUCUCAGUAUUUUUCAAGCCAGGGGAGAGGUUUACAGAGAUAGUGGGGAGUCCAUAUUACAUGGCGCCUGAAGUUUUGAGGCGUAAUUAUGGACCAGAGGUUGAUGUGUGGAGUGCUGGAGUGAUACUUUAUAUCCUAUUAUGUGGGGUUCCUCCAUUUUGGGCAGAGACUGAGCAGGGUGUUGCUCUGGCAAUUUUGAGGGGAGUGAUUGAUUUUAAGAGAGAACCAUGGCCUCAGAUUUCAGACAGUGCUAAGAGUCUUGUUCGGCAGAUGUUGGAGCCAGAUCCUAAAAAGCGCUUGACUGCUCAGCAGGUGCUUGAACAUUCCUGGCUACAAAAUGCGAAGAAAGCUCCAAAUGUCCCAUUGGGAGACAUUGUGAGGACGAGGCUCAAGCAAUUUUCAUUGAUGAAUAGAUUUAAGAAGAAAGCAUUAAGGGUAAUUGCGGAACACUUAUCACUUGAAGAGGUUGAAGUAAUCAGGGACAUGUUCAAAUUGAUGGACACUGAUAAUGAUGGUAAAGUAACAUAUGAGGAACUAAGGGCUGGUCUUCGGAAGGUUGGUUCUCAACUGGCUGAACCAGAAAUAAAGAUGCUGAUGGAAGUGGCUGAUGUUGAUGGGAAUGGAGUACUGGACUAUGGGGAGUUUGUAGCUGUAACAAUUCAUUUGCAGAAGAUGGAGAAUGAUGAGCAUUUCCGCAGGGCAUUUAUGUUUUUUGAUAAGGAUGAUAGCGGGUAUAUAGAAUUAGACGAACUGCGAGAGGCCCUAGCAGAUGAAUAUGGUGAAACUGAUAGUAAUGUGCUGAAUGACAUCAUGCGUGAAGUUGACACUGACAAGGAUGGAUGCAUCAGUUAUGAAGAAUUUGUUGCUAUGAUGAAAGCUGGAACUGACUGGAGAAAGGCAUCUCGACAGUAUUCAAGAGAGAGAUUCAAGAGUUUGAGCCUCAACCUGAUGAAAGAUGGUUCAUUGCAGCUCCAUGAUGGGCUCACAGGUCAAUCUUAUGCUGUCUAAAAUAAACACUUGAUGAUUUUAAUUUGCUUGUGCUCGCUGGAUAAGCUAUCCUAUUAAUUACAUUCCAUACACGGACUUUGGCUUGUGGGUUCCACAAAAUGCAAGUUUUAGGAGAGACUGAAUAUUCUUGGGUUCAGUUGGAUGGAAUUUGCUGGCUUUAGACAGCAUGAACCACGCAUCAGAAGAUUGGCUCACGACAGAUUGCAACUGCUUGGCAUUGAGGUGGCAUAUAUCACAGGUUCAAACUAGUGUCGCAUGGCUUUGUAUAUGUGUUUUUUCAUUGGCAUUAGAUGGUUUUCUUCCAUGUGCUUUUCGACUUGGUGCAGAAUCCCAUUGGAAUUGUUUGUUUGUAAUGGGAACUUUGAGCUAGUGUCAAAUGUUCUAGUUUUGCAUUUGAAAGGAAUUCUCAGAGUGGAAUUAUGGGUAUUUUGCUGCGAUAUCCGAUCCAAGUGUAUAUUCGGCAUUGCAAAUUUGUGACGGGAAGAUUCCAAUGUGGUUUUUGAAUAGCAUCUUUAUGAAGUUAAAGAGAUAAAGUAUGUGUAUUUGCAUAGUGGGAAA